UCUCUAGAGCCGAGCCCCUGCCUGGGGUGUCGGCCCGGUGCAGCGACCAGGCCAGGCCCCCCGGAUUGUGCCAGGGCUCGGGCGCCGCUGGGGACGGGGCCGGCGGCGACGGCGCCCGCCCCCCUGAGGAGGAGACACUGAGGUGGUGGUGCCCGAGCAGUUCCAUUUCCCGGACCACGCCGGGCUGAUUUCCCUUUCCUCCCUCCCCCGUGUUCGCGAUCUCCAGGUCACCCCUUACACACUCACACACACUCAUUCACACUCACCACACUCUCAGGGCUUGUGCCCCCGCUGUGCCACCCCCGAGGCGGCCGGGUCCUCGUGUGAGGAAGAUUCUCUGGUCUCUGCGGGCCAGUGAACCAGAACCAGGGAAUUUUUAAACGAGGGGAGAAAGAGAGAAGGAAGGUAGAGAAGAGACGAUGGCUUCUUCGUCUGGCAACGAUGAUGAUCUCACUAUCCCCAGAGCUGCUAUCAAUAAGAUGAUCAAAGAGACUCUCCCCAAUGUCCGGGUGGCCAACGAUGCCCGGGAACUGGUGGUGAACUGCUGCACUGAAUUCAUCCACCUCAUCUCUUCCGAGGCCAACGAGAUUUGUAACAAAUCAGAAAAGAAAACCAUCUCCCCGGAGCAUGUCAUACAAGCACUAGAAAGUUUGGGCUUUGGCUCCUAUAUCAGUGAAGUGAAAGAAGUCUUACAAGAGUGCAAAACAGUAGCCCUAAAAAGAAGAAAGGCUAGCUCUCGUUUGGAAAACCUCGGCAUUCCUGAAGAAGAACUUCUAAGACAGCAGCAGGAAUUAUUUGCCAAAGCUAGACAGCAGCAAGCAGAACUGGCUCAACAAGAAUGGCUCCAGAUGCAGCAAGCUGCCCAACAAGCACAGCUGGCUGCUGCUGCUUCAGCCAGUGCAUCCCAUCAGGCAGGAUCUUCUCAGGAUGAAGAUGAUGAAGAUGACAUCUGAAAUUCACCAGCUGAGUUUUUAUUCUCACAGUUUUUUUUUCCUGCACAAUGAAAAAGUGAAAAGAAUGCUUAUCUGUAAUUUUGUAUGCAUCUUGGUGGACUGGCCAUUGGUAUUCUUGGGAUGUCUGCUGUUAAGUUUCAGCUAUUGUGUGCUAUACAUGUAAAAACUCUCUCUUUGAACUCUCGAAGAUUUAAGGUUCAGUAUCAUAUCAAUUUUGAAUUUUUAAUGGUGUUUAUGAAAUUUUAGAUAGCAGUGAGUCCUUUAUUUGAUCAAUAAACAGUGUUACAGUAAACUACAAGUUUAUAAAAUACAUU